AUGAAAAAUGUGAACGCUAAACAACAGGGCUUCAUUAUUGCUGGCCUUUACAUGGAUCGCACACGGACUAAAAAGAAAAGAAAAUGUGCCGGAGGAACAGAGCAAGCGGAGGCACCAAAGGACAUCCUAGUGGCCGUUGCUGAGCUACAGAACUUGAGUGGUUUUUGGAAACUUGAGGCCGAAUUGGCUGACCUCCUCGACUGUCAACUGGAGAAGCUGAAGUCUAAAAAGCCACAAAAGUGUGAGUAA